AUGGAUGCGACAGGGACACAGUGCAUUAUGACGCAUUCAAUGAAGCCCCUGGCGGUCUGUCCCAACGGAGUGCUUCGUGACGGCCGGUGUUUGGUUUUUGCGUUGCCCGCUUCCACUUACUGCCCAGGAGGAUUCAUAGAAUAUCGCGUCGACGGCAUGAAGGAGUGCGUGGCAACAAGAGCAGCUCGAAUGAAGAUGGCUUGCUGGGGCCCUCAUGAGAAACUCGAAGGCGAUAUGUGCGUUGAGCGUAAGAUUUCUCCUCUCAUCCUGGAAUGUUUAAAAGGAAGCCUCAACGAAGACAAUAUGUGCGAGCACAUCACUGCCAUUCCGCCAAGGCCGGUUUGCAGUCCCGGUUUCUAUGAGUCGGAUGGGCUUUGCAUCCAACGUCGAGAAGCGCCGUGUGAUCUGUCGCCUGAUGAUGGCGUCAGCUCGCCCUGGGAAGGUAAGGAAGUUAGCAAGGGGUCCGUGGCUUCCACCACUAAGUUCGUUCAUGAUAAAAAACAUGAAAAAUUCCAUAGUUCUCACUCCAAGAUGAUACCGGACAGUGGCGAAAUUCUGCCUCCAGAUUUGGAUGAACUCGAAGCGAAGUCAAAUCGACUCGAGGCUGCUGAGCAACUGCCUGAUAAAUUCGCUCGUGCCGCGCAAGAGAAUGCCAGGGACGAUAUAAAAGUCCUUCUUCAGGAGCUUUUCAGUGUAGAUGCAAAACACUCUGCAGCGCAUGUAACUGCUGAGAGAGGAACAGAAUACUCUGGAGAGGCAUCAACGCGUUUUCACCUUGGAUUGCCGUUGGCGAACUCGCUCGGGCAUCCUUGCCUCAGACCAUCCCCCGUCAUGCCAUUGGUGAAUCAGCAGCUGCUGUACCCGCAAAACAUGUUGGCAGCCCCAGUUGCCCCUACCUUGAAGCCUUAUGGGAGUCAUGCAGGCUGGCAUGAUAACCGAUUUGCUAGCCAGGUGGGCAAUGGGAUAGGGCCAUUUGCGCGCCAACAGGGGAAAUCCAAAUCCGCGAGUUCGGUGAGCUCUCCAGAGCAGUAUAUCCCGGUUUUGCAAAUGCAGUCGUCUUCACAAAGUAAGCAAAAUGCCAACGGAGUGACAGACGAUCCGAUUUCAACUCAACAGCUGAACACUGCAGCUCAUUCUGUGGCUAAGAGCACAGUUCCGGGUGAGUAUGGUUUACUCGGCAGUGCAACAACAGCCACCACCAAAACAACACCUGUGAACUUGGAGGGGAGGAAACCUCGCUGGUUGCAGGACGGCCGCCAGUUCUUCAUCAAUGGCCCAACGGAGAGCCUUGUAACAUCUGGCAGCACUCUUGAGGUGGUGCGCUCACGAAAUGAAGGAUCCGCAAAGACAAACGGAGUGAUGCUCGGUCGACAUAGAAGACGCCUUGAAGGACUGGAUUUCAUUCCAGGUUGUUGGGAAGAGGAAGUACAAACACCAAUUGACUGGACAUGCGAUCCGCCUUACGCCUUAGACCGCGAGCAGUUUGUCUGCAUCAGAGUUGAGUUUACGGGUCCCAACAUUGUCUGCGAUGGGAAGCCACAGGGUGACUUGUGUGUGCACGAGGCUGUACCUUCUUCACUGGGUUGUUGUGUCGGGAUGUCUGGUCUUUCAGGUGCAGAAGCCUCCUCAGUGGUAUUGUCCACUUGA